AUGGAUUUCAUAGAUAAUCUAAUAGGUUACAAUCCUGGAGAGUUUUCCUUGGAUCGUCCAAAAUAUGACCAAUCUACUUUUUUCGGCCGAUUUAUGUACUUUUUUGGCUUGGCCUACCCAACAAGCUUAUUUUACACAAAAUCGCAAGCCAACGAAAUGAGACAAAUUCUUGACGACUAUAAAAAUAACUCCCUAAAGCGAAGCUACACAAACAUCAAGUUAUGAAAAGCCAGCUGAGUCACAGAGUCAACAUUCCACCCAGACACAAAAGAGCCUAUCCCAAUUUUAUUCCGGUUAUCCACCUAUACCCUUAUAAAUCUCCCAAUCUCAAUUGGGAUGCUUUUAUCAAAAAAGACGACUUUUUCAAUUACUUUUUGGCAGGUAUUUAACCAAACCAAUAACGUAGGCUUUAAUUACUGCAAUAGGAGCAUUAAUGACCCUUUUACGAAUUCUCAGCUGGUAGCUUCUUAUUUCUUAGCUACUAUAAGCUCUGUAUGUGUAGCCCUCUGAAUGGACAAACAAAUUGUAAAAUAUGCUGGAAAUUCUCUGAUAUUGAGGACUUUUGGGCCUGCUACUGCUUUAGCGAUAGCAGGAGACCUUAAUCUUUUAGCUGUCAGAUAUAGAGAGCUAUAUGAAGGAAUCAGUGUAUAUGACAAAGAUUCCCAUGAAAUUGGAAAAAGUAAAAUCGCGGCCUGAGAUGGUCUCACAAAAACCCUGACUGUCAGAUUUGGGUUGCAAUAUCCUCUGUGUUUUGUUCCUGUAUUGUUAGCGUUAUCUAUGAAGAAAAUAGGAUAUUACCCUGGAGGAGGGAUAAAAAAAGUAUUAACUGAAAUUUUUGCGACUACAGUGACAGGAUAUUUUGUAGCGCCUGCCUGCAUGGCUUACUAUCCACAUAUGAUAUAUAAGGACAAGCUGGAGCCAGAAUUAAAUUCAAAUAGUGGAUUUUGGUAUAAUAGAGGAAUUUAA